CACACACGUAACACGUAUCGACUGUGGGGAAACAGAAGUAAAACCUGUUGCUCCAUCUGUGUGAGUUGCCUCGUUUCAGUGCAGUGAUGCAGCUCACCCUGCUGCUUCAGUUGUGUCUCUUGGGUCUUGGCUUGUCUGUGGCCAGUCCUGGUAGGAGGUUUCUGAUGGGGUUUCCUCCUCAUAAUGACCCUACAGUAAAUGUCAGCCAUCAAGUAAUUGUCACAGCUUUGGAUGUUUGGACUUCAGUGACUGUGAAGGUUCUGGAAAGUAGCUUCAUGCAGCAGAUCUUCCUCCCUGCUAACAAGUCAAAGACGAUUCACCUGCCACCUGCAGUGGAAAUUAAGAGUGAUCACUCCUCCCACAUUCUCAGUGUGACGUCUGUACAGCCUGUCACGGUACUUGCCUCAUUUUGUACCCAGUUUGGCUGUGACCACAGUCUCCUUUAUGAUGUGUCCUCCUGGGGGACCAGCUACUACCCCAUUACUCCUCACUUCCCUAACAAGACUCAUGUCAGCCAGCUGGUGAUCACCAGUUCAGACCGCGAAACAUUAGUGGAUAUCUUCCUCUCAGGGGAAGUGCUCUUUAAAGGCAAUAUUCACCCCAAGGGUAGUGUCCUUAGGCUACAUUUAGGGGUGCUGCAGAGUGUUAGCCUUCAGAGCAGUUCCAGUUUCUCUGGAUCACAGUUGAACUCCCAAGAAGCUGUGGGUGUCGUAGUUGGCUUCACAUGCUCCAAACACUCACCAGGGGGAUGCUCGUAUGGAUUUUCUCAGUUGAAACCAGUCUCUCUCUGGAGUUUUAACUAUAUUAUCCCUCCAAUAAAUGACACACAAAUGACUUUGAGUUUCCUGCUAGCAAUGACUAGUGUCAACACCGAUCUGCGCGUCACACACGGCACCGUACAACAGAAUGUGUCCCUUCCUGUUGGUGUUAUGAAGACCAUUACGAUUGUGACUUCAGAUAAAACCCGCAUUAGUAGUGACAGUCCUCUUCAGCUUGUUUACUUCAGACUUCACAACGGACAGCGUCCUUCAACUCUAAUAGUGCUUCCGUCUGUAGCUGAUAUCUGUCAGCCUGUAGCUAUGUUUGAUUCAGGUGAUAUGAGUGAGUGGGGAGAUAACAGCAAUAACACGGAAGAUUUAAAGCACGGUGUUGAAUUCUCAAAGCAGCCCAACUUUGCUCGGCUGCCUGAUAAUCCAGAGUCCAGUUCUCUUCACCCAGAUGCAGGGCUCCAUCUGAGCAACGUGAACGGAUGGUUGUAUCCAGCAGUAUGUGGAAAAGCUGCAGCUUCUUGUGAAGAGUUACACUGUAGUCCCAAACAGAAGUGCUCUGUCAAACAUGGAACACCCCUCUGCUCUUUGGAAACUAAAAUAUGCUCUGCAUGGGGUGAUUCUUUUUAUCGCACAUUCAGUGGAAGAGAUUUUGUCUUGCAGGGAAACUGCAACUACACUUUAGUUCAGACUUCCUGUCCUGGCUUAAAUACGUCUGUUCCACUUGAGAUUAACAUGGCCAGAGCAUAUUUGAACAGCGCCACUCUCUCCACCAUCCACACAGUGCAGAUAAGCAUCAUGGGCUUUAAUAUCUCCAUAGUUAAAGAUGAGAAAAAUCAUGUUAGAAUUAACAGGCUGAAGAAGAACCUACCUCUCACCUUGGGGAAUGGGUCACUCAGCUUGUAUGCGAGUGGAUCCAGUGUUGUCUUGGAGGCUGUUUUUGGUUUGGUUCUGCGCUAUGACUGGAAGCACCAUCUCCAGGUUGAAGUUGGCCCAGCGUUUUAUGGACGCUUGUGUGGUUUGUGUGGAAAUGCACUACAUGCCUCCUCAGAUGACGCAAUGGCUACUACAGGCUCUGAUAAAACCCACGCUGUGGAUUUUACCCUGCCGUGGGUGGUGGACAGUGCCACUGGCUCCUGUAUUGAAAACUGCGGUGGUGUCUCAUGUGCAGUGUGCAGCCGAAGCACAACCAAAACCUCUUCUGGCACUAAACGUAACUUCUUUGAGAUUGGAUGCACUCUACUGCAGAGGAGUGGUGGACCUUUUGCAAACUGUCACUCCUAUAUUGAUCCAGAGCCAUUUGUCCGCAGUUGUGUGGACAGCGUCUGUGUCAAUGGAGCUGCUUCUUCACUGUGCAAGGUCUUUACAGCUUAUGCCAGCAUUUGCCAGAAAGUUGGGGCCAGAGUCUACAACUGGAGAUCCAUCUCAAAGUGCCCUAUGGCAUGUCCUAUGAACAGUCACUAUGAGAUUUGUGGCUCUGCCUGCCCAGCUACCUGUAGUAACCCAGAGGCCCAUCAUAAUUGCACACUGCCUUGUGUGGAGUCAUGCCAGUGCAAUAAGGGGUAUCUGCUGAGCAGUGGGAGCUGCGUACCACACAGCAAAUGUGGUUGUGUUCACCAAGGUUCCUACUAUCUCCCCAAAGAGAACUUCUGGACUGAUGAGCAGUGCCAAGAGGAAUGUGUCUGCCAGCCUAACUCCAAGAAAGUUAUGUGUGCUCACUCUAAUUGCCAGGAAGGCAAAAUGUGCAAGGUUCUAAAUGGAGUCCUGGGUUGUCAGGUGCAUGGGCCUGGUGUAUGCAUUGCUAAAGGAGAUCCUCACUACACCACCUUCGAUGGACGGAACUUUGAUGUCAAUGGCAACUGUACAUACCUACUCACUUCUCACUGUCCUGCCUGGGGAGACUUGGAAGACUUCAAUGUGGAGGUCCAGAACCAGAUGAAAAAUUCUACCAAUGUUUCCUUUCACUGGGUUAAAAUGCUUGUCUCUGGUUAUUCUAUUGAGUUGUCAAAUGAUUGGAGUGACCAGGUUAAGGUGAACGGCCUGCUCCUACAUUUUCCGUAUGUGUUGAGUCGAGGCAAAAUUAACCUCUACGUGACUGGACUGUCAAAAUGUAUAGAGACUGACUUUGGUGUGAUUGUGACGUACAGCUCUCACAGCCUCACUGUUCAAAUGCCAAGAAUUUUCUCGGGUACUCUCUGCGGCCUCUGUGGGAACUUUAAUGGUAAUCCACAUGAUGACCUGAUGCCCGACGAUGACACUGACAACUCUCAGGCCGUUAGCUAUUGGCAAACCAGCCAUGAUGAAUGUGUGUAUGUACCUGCGAACACCUCAGGUUGCAGUUCACAAGAUAUGGCUCUUUACCAGGGAAAAGAUUUCUGUGGGAGGUUACUGGAUGCACAGGGGACAUUCCAGAGCUGCCACAAAACCAUUGAUCCACAAGAUUUCUACGAUAACUGUGUUCACGACCUCUGUUAUGGCAACGAGACUACCCUAUGUCAGAUUCUGUCUAGCUAUGUUUCUUUAUGUCAAGAAAUGGGAGUUUUAGUGGCUGAAUGGAGGGCUUCCAACUUUUGUUAUCUCUCUUGCCCACCUAACAGUGAAUACCACCUUUGCUCUAGUCAUGUGUCUGACUGUGUAGAAAGCCCUCAAACUCCUCAUGGACUAAAAUGCAAAGAGGGCUGUUUCUGUAAACCUGGAUUUUUCUACAGUGGUGACAAGUGUGUACCAAACUCUGAAUGUGGCUGCAUUUAUGAUGGUGUUUACCGCGAAAUCCACGAGAGCUUCCACCCUGAUGAACACUGUCAGCUGCACUGCGUCUGUGUGAGCCACAACAGAGUGCAAUGUACCAAGUUUACAUGUCAAAAUGGAACAAAAUGUACCAUCCUGGAUGGCCACAGGGCAUGCCACGCAUUAUAUCCUGUUAAAUGCACAGUCAUGGGUGGCAGACAUUUCAGGAGCUAUGAUGGAGAUAACUUUGAUUUUAAUAUGGGAAGCUACCGUUAUGUUCUGUCACAGGCCUGUGACGACGAAGAGGAGUCAGACCCCACUGUUGUUUUCCAGCAAGGUCAGCUGUACAUCAGGGUUUAUGGACUGAACAUUUCAUUAGAGAUGGAACAUCUGGGGAAAGUGAAGAUCAAUGGUGUUCUGAGGGGUACGCCUGUCCAGCUGGCUCAUGUAGUAAUACUGCGUUCUGGCAUGCUGAUCCGUGUUGUUGUAGACACUGGAGUUGUUGUCACUUAUGGAGGUCCUAAUCUGGUACAAAUAGCAGUUCCGGCUGUUCAUAGACAAAUGUGUGGCUUGUGUAAAAACGUAGCUGCUGAUAUGAAAAAUGGCAAACAAAAAGUCAAUGGUAGUUUUGCAAAUGAAGGUCCCAUCUUUGCAUCUUCCUCGUCACUUUCACCGCCUAGAAUUAACUGUUCUGAUGAAUGGGGUUCUUGUCCAGUGUGCAACUCUAGCAUGACAGCUGAAUUUGCAUCAGAUAGUCUCUGCGGCAUGCUGCUUUCUUCUGCAGGAUCCUUUAGUCAGUGCCACUCCACUGUGGACCCAAGGCCCUUCUUUAGGAAUUGUGUGAAUGACUUGUGCAUGUCUAAUGGGAGCAAAGAGUUGUUUUGCAGUAGGUUGAUGGAGUACAGUUUUGCAUGCCAGGAUGCAGGAGCUAUGGUCAAACCCUGGAGGGGUGCAAAGUGCACGCCCUCAUGCCCUGAAAACUCACACUACAAUAUAUGUGUCGAUGCAUGCCCUGAGUCCUGUGGUAUUUUAUCCGAUAUCACCUGCCCUUGGCCCUGCUAUGAGGGGUGUCGAUGUGACCCUGGACAUGUGCAGAGUGGAAAUGGUUGCGUCACAUCUGAGCAAUGUGGUUGCCUUUACCAUGGAUACUACUAUGAGAUUGGGGCUAUAUUGUGGGCAGAAGGAUGCUCUGAGCGGUGUAACUGCUCUGCAGCCAACACGAUGUGCUGUGAGCAAGCUUCAUGCCCUGAGGGAGAGAGCUGCACCCUCAACAAUACCUGGGGCUGUGCAAGGAACGCUGGUGAUAAUAAAACUUGUGAGAACGGAGAAACUUGUGUCCAGAACACGUCUCAGCAAAGGCAGUGUUGGGUACUUGGAGGGGCCCACUUCUACACUUUUGACAGACAAAUGUUUGAGUUUCAAGGAAACUGUACCUACACUCUGAUCCAUUUAUUAAAUGACACCAGUGAAAGUAAUACAUUUUGGGUCAGGGUAGAGAAAGACAGGACCCCCCACGAGACUUCCUCUGUCAAAGCUAUUCAUGUCAAAGUGGCUGAAGACAAAAUUACUGUGUUCAGAGGGGACAGAGGCUCUGUUUGGGUAAAUGGUGAGAAAAGGCCUCUGUCCGCGACUCUACAGUUUGGACUUGUGAAAAUUCAUCGCACUGACGUGUUUGUUGUUGUGGAAACCAGGCAAGGCGUCCAAAUCAAAUAUGACUGCUCUGACAUUGCCACAAUCCUGUUGUCCAGCAAAAUAAAAGUCAGUGGUAUAUGUGGGAAUAAUAAUGGCAUCAAAGAGGACGACUUCAGAACUCCACGUGGUGAGAUUGUAGAUGCUGCGACAUUUGCCUGGAGCUGGAGAGUCCCUGAGCCGGAAACUCGGUGUACAGCAGAUUGCGGUGACACAUGCCCGCACUGCUCUGCCGAACAUCUACAGGAAAGAGAUCUAGCCAAUGAAUGGAUAUCCUUGCAUGAGUACCUUUGGUCACCUCAAAACCCUUUCUAUUUAUGCCACAACCUUUUUAACUACACUACAAUCUCAACAACAGUGAGCAUGUUUGACCUAUGUUCUAAUAAUGAUACUCAGCAGGCCCUCUGCUCUACUUUGGAGGCUUAUGCUGCUGCCUGUCGAAAUGAUACAGCUCACAUUGUAAAGUGGAGGAACAGCACCUUCUGUCCUAUAUCCUGCCCAGUGAAUAGCCAUUAUGAGUCCUGUGGCACAGCUUGCCCUGCCACCUGCGAGUCCCCGCUCGGUUCAGGCCCCUGCACCCAGGCUUGCGUGGAGAUGUGCCAGUGCAACCAAGGUUUUGUUCUGGAUAGUGACACCUGUGUCCCCUUGUCUCAGUGUGGCUGCACACACAACGGCGACCGUUACCCCAGCAACCAGACCUUCUGGGCUGAUGAGAGGUGCACUGAAAAAUGCGUCUGUGACCCUCGCACCCGACAGAUACGCUGCAAUCAGAGCUCUUGCGGCUCUGAAAAAUAUUGCGGCGUCCGGGACGGAGUUAGAAGCUGUACGCGGAAACCCCGAGGCACGUGCCUGUACACUGGUCAUCACAUAAUCACCUUUGAUCGACACGACUAUGAUUUUCAUGGCACCUGCCAGUACCAGUUACUGGGAGUCACUGGACAGAAUCGAGACCUCAGUGAAAUACAGGUUCACGUACAGACAGAUGGACACAUGGGGUCAGCGCUUCAUGCCCUGGUCAAUGUGAGUGGAGUUUUUGUGGAGCUUAACAGCAAAAACAUGAAUAACAUAGAGGUUGAUGGUGUCAAGAGGAACUUGCCCUGUCUCUUAAGUGCCACUGCACUGGCCUUUUCUUUGGGGCUGCACACUUACAUAUACAUGAACCCUGGCUUUGAAUUUAGUCUCAGCAUAGAGGGAAUAGUUGCAAUACGUCUCUCUCAGAAAUAUGCUAAUGCUACUAGUGGGCUCUGCGGUAACUUCAACGCUGAUCCUACUGAUGACCUCAUAGCCAAUGGCACCAAGGAUCUUCUAACCCCUGGCGAGUUUGCAAAGCUUUGGAGGAGUGGGCAGAAUCCUUGGUGUGUGGAGGGCUGUCUAGGAGGAAGUUGUCCAAAUUGUUCAUCUGAACGUCUGGCCCGCUUCUCUGACCCAGAGGCUUGCGGAAAGAUUCUGGAAGUUAAUGGACCAUUCAGACACUGUCACGGCAAAGUGGACCCCUCCAGCUUUUACACGCGCUGCGUCACUGACCUGUGUCUUCACGGAGGUCUCCAGACUGCUCUGUGUCACUCCUUAGCAGAUUAUGCUGCUGUCUGCUUUUCCCGCAAGGCUACAGUUUAUGCCUGGAGGAGGCCGGGAUUUUGCUACCAGUCAUGUCCCUCUAGUACCAGCUACAACAUGAGUUCUGCCCCUGUUCACCUCUGCCUGGUCUGGCAGAAUAACACAGUAGAGGUGCCUCCAAACAUCGGGGAGAACUGCCUGUGUGAAGCAGGUUUAGUUCGCAGUGGCAACCUCUGUGUCACUCCAGAAAACUGCGGCUGCUUGCACCAUGGGGAAUACCUGAAAGCAGGACAGGAAGUGUCUACAUGUCAACAAAGCUGUUUAUGUCACGCCGGAGGACACAUGACAUGUCAUAAGGUUUCCUGUGGAGAGGAUCAGGAAUGUAAGCUUAUUAGGGGUGUUCAAGGUUGUCACCCAAAACCCAAAGAGGCCUACUGCUCUGUUGAUGGAUCCCAGUACACCACAUUUGACGGAAAGGCAUUUGAAUUUUAUGGUUCAAGCAACUACACUUUGGUGCAGAUGUGCUCUCUCAAGAAAGCGGAUGUACAGCCAAUUUUGAUAGCAGCAGAGGGAAACCGUACUCUGGGCAGGCAGCUCCACCUGCAAGUCGGUGAAAUGUAUUUUCAGACGUCAAAAACUUUUCCUGGAAAAAUUCAGGUAAAUGGAGUUUAUGAGAACCUGCCAUUCUCCCAAAACAACAUCACCAUACAUAAGGAAAAUGGAUGGAUAACAAUCAAGGUUCCUCAGUCCGUUGAGCUUAUUUCUGACCUUCAAAGCCACAUUCUGAUAAAAAUCCCAAACAUCUACCAACGGACAACCUGUGGGCUUUGUGGGAACUACAAUGAUGAUCCUUUGGAUGACCUGCAGCUGCCCAACGGUGUCAUGACCUCUAACCUUCCCACAUUUGGGCCACCGUGUUUCUAUGAUGCCAACUCAUCCUGCAGCAACACGUGUGGCAGCUCCUGUCAAAUUUGUCAGGCACCUGUGCCAGAGUACACAUCUGUCCUGUACUGUGGCCUUCUCACCAAUCCCUCUGGACCAUUUGCUCCUUGUCACCACUUAGUGUGCUCACAAAAAUACUAUUCACUCUGCAUGAGGAGCCUUUGCAUUGCAGAGGGGCAACGCUGGGCCCUGUGUGAAGCACUGUGGGCCUAUGAGGCAGCAUGUAAGGUGACAGGAGGAGUAGUUGACUUAUGGAUGAACACCACUGGCUGCACUUAUAAAUGUCCUCGAUCCAGUCACUACAGCCCGUGUGCCAACGUUUGCUCCUCAGUAUGCCCUGAGAUUUUGCAGGAAGUGCAGUGUCCUGAAAAUUGUGAGGAAGGCUGCCAGUGUGAUGCGGGACACCUUUAUGAUGGCGCUGCCUGCGUACCAGCAGAGCACUGUGGCUGCAUGCAGGAUGGGAGGAAGUUUAAGCCAUCUGAGAGCAAACUUUUGCACAAUUGUACUGUGAACUGCACAUGUGGGCCUCCUCUCAUCUGUGAGCAACAAUCAUGUCCUCCCCUGCACAGCUGCAAAUUUUUACAUGGAGUCAUGGGCUGUCACGAAGAUGUGCCUAACAUGGAUCCAUGUGAAGGAAAAUGUGAUAAAACUGAAAAAUGUUCCCUGAGAAAUGGCUUGCCUGUUUGUCAGAGCCUGCGGGGUCUGUGUUGGGCCCGGGGAGGCCAGCACUACCACACCUUUGAUGGGCUCAAAUAUAACUUUGAGGGUGCCUGCACCUAUCUCCUGACAGCCAGCAAAGGGGCAGCAUGCGGUCUAACACGAUUUAGUGUGUCAAAGAAAAAUGACUGCAAAGCUUCACCCUCCACACAGGUGUUAACUGUGCAGGUUUAUGGAUUCAUUAUCCGGUUCACCAGUGAAACACGCACGUUACAGAUUAAUGAUCAAGUGACUUAUAUUCCUGUUAAUCUGUUACGGGGAAAGAUCCAAAUAUCUUACAAAGAAGGCGACAUCCUGCUGAAAGCUGACUUUGGCAUGCAUGUGGUCCUUGACUGGAACUCCACUGUUGUCAUCAUGCUAGACCCACGCUACAAGGGCAACGUCUAUGGGCUGUGUGGCAACUUUAAUGGUGAUUCUCAAGAUGAAUUUCCUGAUACUGCACCUGCUUUUCCAAGUGUAAAGCUGCCUCAGGCUUACCAGCUCUUUGACAGAGACUCAAAGUGUUGUUCUAGCUGUAGGCAACAACUGGAUGUGGUGAUCCUACCUGCAGAUAAUGUGACUGAGGUUUUCUCAAGUCACAACAGCCGGUUGGCUCACUGUCCAAGUCGUGCUGAUCUGAAUUCUUUCUACCAAACUAUGGUCGACCACAUGCAUAAUGAAGACUCAGUAACUCUUAACAAGACUGUUGAUUUGUAUACCACAGUCUGUGAAGAAGUCAGUGAUUACUACUUCAACGAAGGGACAAUUGAUGCACACUGUCCACCAAACAGCCACUACAAGACCUGCGGAUCAGCCUGCCCCCCAUCCUGUGAACCCAAUGACACAAUCUGUAGAAAGAUUUGUGUUCAGGGCUGUUUCUGUAACCCUGGUUUCAUCAAAAGUCCACAGGGCUGUAUCCGUCCACAUCAGUGCGGCUGUCAGGACUCCAGAGGUAAAUACCACAGUAUCAACUCAACCUUCUGGGUCCCAGACAACUGUGGUCAGCUCUGUGUCUGCGGACCGGCUGCUGGGGAGAUCCACUGCAAUCCAGACCAGUGCCCCAAAGGAAUGGUCUGUAGGGAGCUGCGUCACAAGAGAGCGUGUCAACCUGAAAAGCCAAAGAACUGCAGCAUUGUCACUGGACUACACUUUACAACAUUUGAUGGAUACCAUUUUGACUUUAGGGACAGCUGUGCAUAUUCACUAGUUGAAACCAGCAGGAAUUUAACUGGAGUCAUGCCUUUCAAUAUUUCCAUGUCUGAUGCAAGUUGCCAUAAAAGAUUUUCUCACAGCCAAACAUUAACACUCUCCCUCUACGGGUUGGAGGUCAUGGUAAGAAAAGACAACCCAGGAAAGGUUUUGGUUGAUGGAUUGUAUAAACCUUUACCCUAUUCUCACCAGACAGGCCAUGUUAAUGUCCACAACACACCUUCAUCUCUUGUUGUUCAAACUGAUGAGGGACUAAAGCUGAUCGUCUACAAUACCGGCACUCUAACGAUUAUCCUCCCCAGCAGUUACAGCUCUGCUGUCUCUGGUCUAUGUGGGAACGCCAACAGUGACCCACGCGAUGACCAAAUGAUGCCCAACGCAGUGCUUGCCCAAAAUACACUGGAGUUUGCCCACAGUUGGAGGUCUCAAGCAGCGGAGACCUGUAGAUUCAAAUGUCCCUACAGACUGAAGCGUUGUCCUCCGGAGGCACAAAAGCUUUUUGAAGGCAACGAUUUUUGUGGAAUAUUGUUAAAUGAACUAGGGCCAUUUGCAGAUUGUGCAUCGGUAUUAAGUCCCAAGUCUUACUUCCACAGCUGUGUAGUAGAUUCCUGCUCAUAUAAUGGACACUAUUCAGCCGUCUGCAAUUCUAUUGCAUCUUAUGCUGCAGCCUGCCAAGCAGCUCAACUGCCUGUCUGGCACUGGAGGAGUGACACUUUCUGUGGUAUGCCAUGCCCUAGGAAAAGUCAUUAUGAGAUCUGUGGACCUCGGUGUCCCGCUGUGUGUGCUGGACUUUCUUCUUCAGCAAACUGCAGUGGAGGCUGUGAGGAAGGCUGCCAAUGUGAUCCUGGCUAUGUCCUCAGCGAUGGCCACUGUGUGCUGGUUUCUGACUGCGGCUGCAUGCAUGGGGGACAAUAUCACCCUGCUGGCCUGUUCUACUUGGAGAGCUGUCAGAAGUGUGAAUGUAAAAGAGGAGACGUGACCUGCAGCCCCAUGGAAAGUUGUUUAGUUGACUUGCAACAUGGGGUGUGUCAAGUUUUUUCAGGCUUUGGCUACAUUACUUUUGAUGGCGUUAUUCUGCCUCACCAUGGAGCUUGCAUCUAUGUUUUGUCAACCUUGACCUCUAAAGCCGCACACGAUUAUACUUUGCUACUCAGCUUUAAAAAGGAUACGGAUGGCAACUUCACAAUCAGCAGAUUAGUACUCCGUUUGCCUUCAUUUGAAGUGUCCAUUGAUCCUGGACUUCUAUGGAAAAUACAAAUAAACGGCGAAGACCGCAGCGUGUCCUUUGACAACGGAGAACUUAAAGCUUACCAAAUUGGCAGCAGGCUAAUAGUCACCACACUUUCAGGGUUGAGAAUUGACUUGUCCUCCACCCAGUACCUCAGGUUAAGUGUACCACAAGUGUAUGACGGCACAAUUUCAGGCCUCUGUGGGAAUUUCAAUGGAGACAAAUCUGAUGACUUGCAAAUGAGAAAUGGCCAUCUUGCCCAAGGCUUUUCAGAGUUCCUGCAUAGCUGGGCUCCAGUGUCUCCCGGACAGAACUGCACAGACACUUGUGGGAGAAACUGUGAUGAGUGCAAUCUGUCAACACAUGACACCACAGUCUGUGACACCCUGUUGGCCGAUAGUUCUGACUUCAAACAUUGUUGGAGCAGUGGUGUGGAACGUGAGGUUUACAGAUUCAUUUGCAUCAGGGCUGUUUGCGCCGGGGCUGGGCACAGGGCCCUAUGUCUAGCACUGGAAGCGUACUCUGCAGCCUGCCAGGCUAAAGGAAUAUCAGUAGGACUGUGGAGAGAGCAUGCUCUUUGCUCCCUCCAGUGUCCUGACCGCAGCAGACCAACAGAUUGUGUUGACUCCAGCUCCAACUCAUGCCCUGCUCUGCUCCAGCCUGGUUCUUUAGCAACUGGCUGUGCAGAAGGCUGCCAGUGCAGCUAUGGAAAUGUGUUUGAUGUGGGCGAGUGUGUGCCUUACAGUCAGUGUGGGUGUGCUCUUCAUGAUGUAUACAUCAAGACAGAUGAGCAACUGUACACCAAAGACUGUGCCCAGAAAUGCUGGUGCCACCCUUUAGGUGGCGUGAUAUGUGAGGAGGUGAGCUGCAGCCCGGGGCAGCAGUGUGCUCUGAGGAAUGGUUCCUGGGGCUGUGCUGACCGACGUGAAGUUUGUGAGCUCAGGGGCAGUCUCCAUGUCUCCACACUUAGCGGGCAGCAGCUAAGCUUGGAACCUCAGUCCACUUACAGUCUGAUGUCCCUCUGUGACAAGGCCAGUGAGCAGUGGUUCAACCUGAUCUCCUACUAUGGGCAUUGUGACGGCAGCUCCACACUCGUGACUGUGUUUCAAAUUAUCCUGCAUGACAUGUCAAUAGCCAUACGGGGAGGAACAGUAAAGGUGAACGGACAUUUGGUGCCCUUGCCUCACGUUUUGCCAUCAGGCCUGUCCCUGUCAUCUGGUGUGAAUGAGGACAAAUCGGAGGUCAUCGUGAUCUUGAGGAGAGAGGCUGGUUUGGAGUCGGAGCUGGAGAUAGAGAUUGGCGUUACCACGGUGACGGUCAAAGUACCUCUCUGGUAUUCAGGCAAACUGUGUGGUAUCUGUGGAAACCUUCAUGACCCUGAGUCGCACUCUUCAGUCAAGUCAUGGGUUCUCCAUGACCUUCCUGGCUGCCUUCUCCCAACUUUCUUUUUGACAGCCAUGGGGGCCCUGUUACUGUUUUGUGCUGUGGGGGCUCUGUUCAGCUAUCCAUCUAAUGCUGGAUGGGCAGGGAAGGAGUUUGCCCUCUCAUUCAUGCAGAAUUAUUUGCCAAAAUAUGAAACUUAUACAGCUCGCACGCAGCUACAGAUCUCAGCUGUUAAGGCUAAUACUAAAGUGAUGGUGCAAGUGCCUUCCUUAAACUUCAAGCAAGAAAAAACUCUUAAUGCUGAAGAGGGAGUCACCAUCAAUAUCCCCACUGGUGUUGAGCUGUACGGCAGCAAGAAGUCUUCUAACACAGUGCGCAUUGAAGCCUCAGAAGACGUGACUGUAACCUCCUUCAAUUCUAAGCUGUUCACAGCAGACACCUCUGUGAUAUAUCCAGUCACUGAAUGGGGCACAGAAUACGUCAUCUUUACACCACCCAAGUCACCCUAUAACACCUUCAAAGAAUUCGCUGUCACAAAUGGAAAAGAAAGCAACAAAAUAGAGAUAUCCCCACAAGGGGCAAUUGUGUUUGAGGGUCGCGCCUAUUUGCAUGGUUCUAAAAUGGCUGUAGAUCUUGCGCCAUACGAGAGUGUUCAGUUUCAGAGCACACAGGAUCUUUCUGGCACUAUAGUUUCCUCCCAGCACCCUAUUGCUGUUUUCACGGGUCACUCUUGUACCUGGCAAUUCUCAAAAUGCAAUCACGUAUUUGAGCAACUACUGCCAGUAAGCAGCUGGGGAACCAGCUUCCUUGUGCCUCCACUGACCUUCCAAAAAAAAUUCGACAGCAUCUACAUCCAGGCCGCCCAGACAACCAAAGUCGCUGUCCAAAUUAGCAAUCGUAAAGAGGAUUUCACUUUGGACAGGGGGCAGACAAAGGAGCUCCAUAACAAUAAUAUUGACACACUGUCCAUUGUGGCUGAUCACGGAAUCCAGGUCCUCCUGCUCUUCAAUGGUGUCUCAAGAGGCUGGUUGCAAUAUUAUGACCCGUUCUUGAUGACCAUAGUGUCCACAGACCGCUUCUGCUCUUCCUACUCAUUUGAGGGUCAUCCAGGGUUUGAAAAUGAGGCCAUAGUUGUAGCUCAGACCAGUGCAAUUGCAACGCUGCAAAUGGAUGGCAAGAAGCUACAUCCCAAAGUCCAGUGGAGACUGAUCACAGGGACAGAUUUCUCUUGGACGGAGAUUUCCUACAAAGCAACCCCUGGCAAAAGUAAACACACUAUGUCCAGCUCUGGCUCUGGCUUUGCUCUGUACAGCAUAGGAGUUGCUCAGAUGAACGGAUAUGGCGCCCCUGCACAAUGUAUGGAGCCAGGAAGUGCGUCCUGCAGCAGCAUCACCUGCAGUGCCAAUGAAAAGUGUGAGAUGAAGGAUGGGGUUCCGUCCUGUGUCCCCAAUGGAGAGAAACCCAAGCCUGGUACCUGCUGGGCCCUGGGAGAUCCUCAUUACCGUACAUUUGAUGGGCGAUACUAUGACUUAAUGGGCACCUGCACAUACGUCAUUGCCAAAAACUGUGGAAAGGAUGACAACCUCCCAGCCUUUGAGGUCCUCGCCAAGAAUGAGAACAGAGGAAGUCUCAGGGUGUCCUAUGUUGGCAAGGUCAUAGUGAAGGUCUAUGAUAUCACCAUCACUGUAGUUCGUUCUGAGAUAGGCCGUGUGAGGAUCAAUAACGUACUGUGGAGUUUGCCAAUAUCCUUGAACAACAACAAACUGUCUAUAUUUCAAUGCGGUCGCUCUGUGCUCAUUGAGACUGAUUUUGGUCUGAGAGUGCGUUACGACUGGAAUCACCGUCUUGUGGUUGAUCUGGAUGGCCGUUACGCUGGUAAAACAUGUGGUCUCUGUGGAAACUUCAAUGGCAAUCCAGAUGAUGACUUCACUACACCCUCUGGCACACAAGCCAGUUCUGCUGUUGCCCUUGGGAGCAGCUGGAAGGUGCCCGGGCUGGAUGACGAAGUUCCGUGCAGAGAUGAAUGCGUGGGUGGGUGUGGGCCCUGUGACGCCAGCCAGACAAAGGAGUGGGAGGGCAACAUGUUUUGUGGGCUCAUCUCACUUAAUGAAAAUGGACCAUUCAGCAAAUGCCAUGCCACCAUUGACCCAAAAAUGUACGUGGAGAACUGUAAAUAUGAUCUAUGCAUGGGAGGUGGUCUCCGACAUUUCCUUUGCAGUGCACUGGAGGCUUACGCUGAAGCCUGCCAGGCUGCUGGGGUCGGUAUUCUAGAUUGGAGGAAGACUGCAAGAUGUCCUGCGAAAUGUCCAGCCAACAGCCACUAUGAGCUCUGUGGCAGUGCCUGUUCUGCCACGUGUUCUGACCCGAAUGCUCCCUCCAAAUGUAAACUGCCCUGUGUGGAGACUUGCACCUGUAACGAAGGCUUUGUUUUAAGUGGAGAUAAGUGUGUGCCUGCUGCUCAGUGUGGUUGUACCUAUGAGGGUCGCUACAUUCCUGCUGGGGAGACAUUCUGGGCUGAUGACAAAUGUCAGCAGUGGUGUAAAUGUUCUGAUAAAAGUAGACAAGUUGAUUGCCAGAACAAAGGAUGUGGGGAAGGGACGCAGUGCCAGGUGGUUGAGGGCAUAAGAAAAUGCGAACCAGUGUCCCAAAGCACCUGCCAGGCCACCGGUGAUCCCCACUAUGUGACUUUCGACAAGAAGAGGUUUGACUUCCAGGGCACAUGUGUGUACCAGCUUGCUGCACUCUGCUCAAAGAACCCUGAGUUAGUGCCCUUUGAAGUCCUGGUGCAGAAUGAUCACAGAGGCAGCCGGGUGGUUUCCUUCACCAAAUUAGUAGAGAUAAAGGUGUACUCCCUCGUCAUUGUCAUUACUAAGACACACAAAGGCCUGAUUAUGGUGAACAAUGAACUUGUCAACCUGCCUGUCACACUGAAAGAAGGGAAGGUGUCUGUGCAGAGGAGCGGCUGGUACGCUGUUGUCACUACCGAUUUUGGCCUCCAAGUCACCUUCAACUGGAACAGUGCUGUAUUUGUAACACUGCCAAGCAACUACAUGGGCGCCGUUUGUGGCCUCUGUGGCAACUACAACGGGAAACCCGAGGAUGAUCUGACUCCAAAGAAUGGCGGCAAGCCCACAUCACCAACAGAUUUUGGUGACAGCUGGAAAGUGGCCGAAAUCCCAGGCUGUAAUGGAGGCGCUUGUAAAGACAAAUGUCCUUCAUGCGAUAUCACUCAGAAGGUUCAGUAUGAAUCUGGAGACUUCUGUGGUAUAAUUAGAGACCCCAAAGGGCCAUUCCGUGACUGCCAUGCCAAGGUGGAUCCAGCAGGCUACUUCGACGACUGUGUUUUUGAUGUGUGCCUGUAUAAUGGCAGGAUGGACUUGCUGUGUCAGGCUAUUACUGCAUACACUUCUGCUUGCCAGGAUGUGGGAGCCAAGGUGUACAGCUGGAGAACCAGUCAGUUCUGUGCGGUGAAAUGUCCUGCCCACAGCCACUAUGAAGUCUGUGCAAGUGGCUGUGCAGCAACUUGCGAGAGUUUGACUCGUCCUUCAGGUUGCAAGGCUAAAUGUGAGGAGGACUGCGUCUGUGACGAAGGUUACAUUCUCAGUGGAGACCGCUGUGUUCCUUUCUCCAACUGUGGCUGCUCCUAUGAUGGCCGUUAUUACCUCCUUGACCAAGUGUUUUAUCCCAAUGCGUGUCAAGAGGAAUGCAAGUGCACAAAAGAUGGAGAGGUUGAGUGCAAGAAGAUCACAUGUGGCCCUAAUGAGGAGUGUAAAUUAGAAAAUGGCCUCCAAAAAUGUCAUCCCGUUGGCAAGGGUGAGUGCCAGGCCUCUGGUGACCCCCACUACCGCUCUUUUGAUGGCCGCACGUUUGAUUUCCAGGGCACGUGCACCUACACCCUCACUAAGACCGUUGGGCUGGAAGGAACCCGUCUGGUGGAGUUUUCUGUUCACGUGGAGAACGUGCAGUGGGACCAGAUGAUGCAAAAUAAAGUGGUGUCAGUCACCAGGCUGGUUGCGGUGGAGGUUUAUGGGUUUACUCUCAAACUGAGAAAGAACAUGUUUGGAGUUCUAGUAAAUGACAUCUUUAACUACCUUCCUGUGAAUCUCAAUGAUGGGCAAGUGCAGAUCUAUCAAGACAACACGCGAUACGUUAUUGCAACAAAUUUUGGACUGCUUGUCACGUAUGACCUGGUCUAUCUCGUGACGGUCACAGUCCCUGGUAAUUACCGUGACAAGGUUUCCGGCUUAUGUGGCAACUUCAACGGUGACCAAAAGGAUGAUUUCAAGAUGCCCAACCAACAGCUCACGAACGAUGUGAACGUGUUUGGAAAAUCAUGGAAGGUCAACAUUCCCAAUGUGAUCUGUGAAAAUGGCUGCGAAGGGGACACCUGUCCUGACUGUGAUGCUGCUCGCAAGGCUGUGUUUUCAACGCCCGCUUAUUGUGGCAUUCUUAAGGCACCAAACGGUCCUUUUGUAGCCUGCCAUAGCGUACUGAAGCCAGAGUCAUACUUUGCUGACUGUGUGUUUGACCUGUGUGCCUCCAAUGGCGACGGAAAGGUGCUGUGCGACAGCGUCGCAGCCUACGCCUUUAACUGUCAUAUGGCCAAAGUGGACAUCAAAAAUUGGAGGACUGCUUCCUUCUGUCCCAUGGAAUGCCCCGCACACAGUCACUAUGAGGAGUGUGCCGACGCUUGUUCUACUUCCUGCCCUGGCCUCACAGAAAUUGUUCGGUGCUCGACCUGCUGCACAGAAGGCUGUGAAUGUGAUGCUGGCUUCUUAUUCAAUGGACAGACGUGUGUCAAAGAGAACGAGUGUAGCUGUUAUGAGAAUGGAAGGACUUACAAGCCUAACGAAGUUGUGUAUGAGGACGACUGUAGCACAAAGUGCACCUGCAAUCCGACUAAAGGACUCGUCUGUGAAAAGCACUCCUGUCCUUCAAAUACCAAGUGCAUGGUCAAAAAUGGAAUGAGGGGAUGCUACAACCCAGAUCCCUGCAAAGAUGCCAACUGUCGUGUCAUGGAGUCGUGCCGCGUUGAGAAGGGUGAGGCUGUUUGCAUCCCCAAGUCCACAGGUCUCUGCUGGGCCUGGGGUGACCCUCAUUACCACACAUUUGAUGGAUACAACUACGACUUCCAGGGCACCUGCAAGUAUGUCAUUGCCAAGACCUGUGGGGACCUGGAUGGCCUAGUUCCAUUUAUUAUCACAGAGAGCAAUGAAAACCGGGGAAACAAAGCAGUUUCCUUUGUCAAGGAGGUAGAUGUGCAAGUGUAUGGUUACAACAUCACCAUAAGAAAGAAUCAAGUUGGUCAAGUGAAGGUGGAAGGAGAGCUGGUGAAUCUUCCCAUUCAACUGGGUGAAGGUAAAGUGUCAGUGGUGCAAAGGGGGAACAUGGCAGAGGUGGUGACUAAUUUUGGCCUAGUCGUCUCCUUUGAUUGGAACUCGAAAUUUAACGUCAAGCUUCCUAGCAGCUACUACGGCCUCGUCUGCGGUCUGUGCGGCAACUUCAACGGUAAACGGGAUGAUGAACUCCAGAAUCCUGCUGGCAAACCAGUCUCCUCAGUGACAGAGUGGGGCAAGAGCUGGAAAACGCCUGAUCAGGACAGGAACAGUGCUUGCUCGGACUCGUGUGACAACUGUGGUGCCUGUACCAAAGACCAACAGAAGCUCUAUGAGACCGAUGCUUUCUGCGGGGCCCUCAAAAACAAAGAUGUGUUCGAGAAGUGCCAUAAAAAAUUGGACCCCCAGUUCUUUAUGGACAGCUGUGUGUAUGAUAUGUGUUAUACUAAGGGAGAUAAGAAGUUGCUGUGCGAAGCACUGGCCGCCUACACUGAGCUAUGCCGUGAGGAAGGAAUAAUAAUCAAGAACUGGAGGAAGAAGCUUGGCUGCCCAAUGAACUGCCAGCCUAACAGCCACUACGAUGACUGUGCCAGCCCAUGCCAGCCAUCCUGUCCAUUCCCAGAGCGAAAGGAAAAAUGCGCUGCUGUCUGUAUGGAGACCUGCGUGUGUGACAAGGGUUAUGUCCUUAGUGCUGGUGUCUGUGUGCCUGCUAAGAACUGUGGUUGCUAUUAUCAGGGCCGCUACUAUAAGCCAGGCCAGCGCUUCUGGGCUGAUGAGACUUGUGCUCGCCUCUGUGAGUGCGAUACUUCGGUGGGCAUGGUGGUGUGCCGCGAGGCUUCCUGCUCUGCCAACGAGAGAUGCACUGUUUUGAAUGGAGAGCGUACGUGCGAACCCACCGGUCAGGCCACAUGCACAGCCUCGGGUGACCCACACUACCUCAGUUUUGACGGCCGAAGGUUCGACUUCCAAGGCACGUGCGUAUAUCAGCUGGCGGGACUGUGCUCAAAGCAGCCUGGGCUGGUGCCGUUCAAGGUGAACGUGCAGAAUGACCACCGGGGAAGCAAGUCUGUAUCCUACACAAAGACUGUAACGAUUUCCAUAUAUGGCAUCACUCUCACCAUCACCAGAGAUUUCCCACACAAGGUCUUGUUCAAUGGGCAGCUUGCUUUGUUGCCUCUGACAUACAACGAUGAGCUGGUUGUGUUUGCGAGUGGCUGCACAGCUGUGGUGGAGACGGCAGCUGGUAUCACGGUGACCUUUGACUGGCGUAGCAGAGUGAGUGUGACUCUGCCUAGCACCUACCAAGGCGCAGUUUGCGGUCUGUGUGGCAACUACAAUGGAAAAGCUCAGGAUGACCUCACCAUGCCAAAUGGCCAGAUUGCACCCGAUGGAACCAAACUGGGGGAGAGCUGGCAGGUGUCCCUCGUAGCAGGCUGUUCAUCAGUCUGCUCAGGGUCAGGGUGCCCCGCACCCUGUCCAGACUCUGAGAUAAAGGUGUACCAAUCCAACAAGUACUGUGGUAUUAUUGGUGACAAAGCAGGGCCUUUCAAAGAUUGUCACAGCCGCGUGGACCCUGCUCCCUACAUGGAAAACUGUGUUUAUGAUGCUUGCCACUAUCAUGGAUAUCAACUAGCAGUCUGUGACUCUGUGGAGGUGUACGUCUCAGCCUGUCAGGAAUUAGGAAUCACCAUCGGCUCGUGGAGAACAGACGCCUUCUGUCCUAUGGUGUGUCCCGCUAACAGCCAUUACACCCUGUGUGCCACGGGUUGUCCCGCCACCUGUGCCAGCUUAAACUCCUUCGCCACCUGCCGCAGGAAUUGUGCAGAAGGCUGUGAGUGUGACGAUGGCUACAUCCUGAGCGGGGGGACCUGCGUGCCUCUGAAAGACUGUGGAUGCUCGUACGGUGGUCAGUACUACAACACGGGCGAUGUCUUCUACCCUGAGGAUCUGUGUAUGGAGGAAUGCACCUGCGGAGAGAAUGGGGCCGUGUCUUGCCAAAAGGCCAAGUGCCAAUCGGGAGAAACCUGUAAGAUUGUAAAUGGAGUGAAAGGCUGCUACCCGGAGGGGCAGGCAAAGUGUGUGGCCUCUGGCGACCCUCAUUACACUUCCUUUGAUGGAGACAGGUUUGAUUUCCAGGGCACCUGUGUCUAUGUAUUAGCCAAGGUUUGCGAUGACGACAAAGGCCGGCUGACUACAUUCACUGUCACUCAGGGGAAUGAGAAAUAUGGAAACGGAAAAGUGGCUGUAACCAAGUCGAUUGCGGUGGAGAUCUAUGGUUUAGUCAUUUACAUCCAGCAAGGAAUGCCGUGGAAAGUCAUUGUUAAUGACGAACUUAUAAACCUUCCCUUCUUCCUGAAGGAUGGCCAUCUCAGCGUCACCCAGGAAGGUCGCAACAUAAUUGUUAGAACAGCCUUUGGACUGAAAGUCCUCUAUGACACUGUGUACUAUGUUGAGGUGAUCGUUCCUUCAACAUACCGGGGCAAAAUGUGCGGCCUUUGCGGUAACUACAACAACAAAGGGAAGGACGAUUUCAGACUUCCUGAUGGCAAAAAAACUAAAAGUGUUGAUGAAUUUGGGAAAGCGUGGGUGGUGGACCUGCCUGGGAAUGAGUGUGGCGGUUGUGGAGGACAAUGUCCUGCAUGUGACGCGGCCAAGGCUGCCUUGUAUGGAAAAGCUGACUCCUGCGGCAUCAUAAUUGCGCCUAAUGGGCCGUUCAAAGCCUGCCACAGUAAAAUUGACCCGGCAACAUUUAUGUCUGAUUGUGUGUAUGAUCUUUGUGCGGCGGACGGUAGUGAAGAUGCUCUGUGUACCAGUGUGCAGGCCUACGUUUUGGCCUGCCAGAGCGCAGGGGUUCAAAUCCAGACCUGGAGGAGCAGCUCAUUCUGCCCUGCUUCCUGUCCUCCUCACAGCCAUUAUGAACUGUGCGCCGACAGCUGCGGUGGGUCGUGUGCCAGUUUUGUUUACCAAGUCUCGUGCCCUGAAGGCUGCUUUGAAGGAUGCCAAUGUGAUGAUGGCUUUGUUUUUGAUGGCGUCCAGUGUGUUACCGUGGAAAACUGUGGUUGUGUGCACAACGGCAUGUACAUGAGGAUGGGCCAAACAGUCGUGGACCAACAAUGUACAUCCAAGUGUGUGUGCCAGGCCUCUGGACUGGUGAAGUGUGAGAAGAUAUCCUGUGCCAGUGGGGAGGUUUGCGGCUUAAGAAGCGGAGUCAGGGACUGCCUCAAAGACGAGGGUCAUUGCUCCAUUAGCCCAACCGGCCAUCUGACCACCUUUGAUGGCGUGUCUGGACUGAUAGAUGCACAGGGGGCAAUUGUAGUGGCAUCUCUGUGCGAUGAGGCCUCUAAGCUGUGGUUCCGUGUGGUUGUGGACGUCAGGGUCUGCACCAAAGGAGCGCCUCCCACUGUCGUGUCCGUGUUUGUGUUCUUCAAGGAAACAAUGGUGGCAGUGAACAGCGAGAGAGUGGCCUGGGUAAACGGCAAGAAGGUGUCUCUUCCCAACAAAGUGACAGGCGAAAUAUCCGUCGAAAUGUCAGACAGCACCGUGGUUAUUGAGAGGGCGUCCGCUAUGCGGGUCACCUACACUGCUACACAUGAGGUCACCGUUAUUGUUGACAGAAACCUGUCUGAUAAAAUGUGUGGUGCCUGUGGCAACUACAAUAACAACCCCAAAGAUGAUAUGAAGACUGCGGAUGGAAAAAUUACCACUAAUGUGUCUGUAGUUAUCAACUCCUGGGGCGCUGGAGAAUUUUCCAAAUGCGGCCUGUAGAGGUGUUGGAUCUGCAUUGAUACAAGAAUAUGGUACACAGGUGAAAUAAAAUGAAAUAAAAAUGUCUUCCCUUCUCAGAAAUAUAAAAUGAUAUUUGCUCUUAAAUAAAACAGCUGCACAAUGUGGCUUCUAACCCUGUGUUUCACCCAUGUUAAACAGGAUGAAGAACAUCCCAUGUUUACAGUCUUACUCUUCGUAUUUUACUACUUCCUCUUGAUCCAUAAUAUGGUUUUGGUCCUUUCCUGGUGUCUUGGACCCAUUGUUUAUUCUGGAGAUGUUUGAGCAUGUCGCCCUUUCUUGAUCAACAUCUCCAUCUAGUGGAGGGAAAUUAUCGAUUAUAUUGUACUACGUCGGCCUUACUAUACCUUUAAAAUGUGUGUAUUGUACUAAAUGUAUUCUCACUUGUAUUCUGACUUCCAAAUAAAAAGAUUUUCAUUCCAAAA